GCGGUAGUCAUGGAGCCGCUGUGGCGCUGGUUGCUAGGAGACGGGAUAACUCGAGAAAGGGCGGCAGUGCUUCGGAGCAGCUCCAAAGAUGGCCCUGAAGAAACUAGAUGCUUUUCCCAAGAGCUUCCUCAGUACCUUGAAAGCGACCGACUAUAGCCAAUGGCAACGGUACGGCGCAACAAAGAAGGCAGCUUCUGUCAAGGUUUACUUGCCGCCUGUUGCAGCAGGGGCUACGAAGAAAGAAAGCAGGAGGCCUUCCCCCCAGAAGCCCAAAGACAAACCAUCAGGGAGGAAAUCCUCUUCGGCAUCCCGUUCGAAAAAUAUGCAUUCGAGGAGGGGGAAGGCAGGUCAGCGCACAGCGAAGGGAGCUGAAGCGAAGCUUACCAAGAGCAUGAUCAACAUCAGGAUCCUGCAGAGACUUUCCAAGGCCAAAAUGAGCUCCUUGGAGGAACUGAAGCGCCAUUCCCAUUUCCUCCUGGAGAAGAACCGGCAUCUGAGGGAGGACAUCCAGGAGAAGGAUGCGGACACCGCUCGGCAAGCCAGAGACCUCCUCCAGCAGUACGACAUGUUUGGGACGAUCAUCACCACCCUCCAGGUCAGUCAGAACCAAGUGGGCGUGGCUAAAGCGGAGCUCCUAGAGACUGAGAAAAUGGUGGAGAAGAAUAUGGGAAAACUGGAGCUGGAGCUGGGCCGGAUGAACGCCAAAGUCCGGGCUUUCCAGGAAGAGCUCAACUUCCUGCGGACGUACAUGGACAAGGAGUACCCGGUGAAAUCCGUUCAGAUCGCCUCUCUGCUGCGCAGCAUCCAGGACCUGAGCGAGGAGCAGCAGGAUGAGCUGGAGGAGGCCGAGGAGAUGGCCAAGCACUUCUUGGAGACAAUCGUGAAGAGGACCCAGGAGGAAACGGAGCACAUCUUGCAGGCUGUCGUCGCGGAGAAAGUGUUGGAGUACCAGGAUGGCCUCAAGCAGAUGGCAAGGAACAACGGGGAACUGCGGCGACAGAUCCAGACGCAAAAGAAGAUAAUUGAUGACCUGGGAAAAGAAAUCAACAUGCUGCAGAAGGGCACCGUGAUACUCCACGAGUGCAUCCGGCACCCUCGCGACGUGAUCUUUGAGGAUGUCCUGCUCCGGAGACCCAUAUGCACCCCCGAUAUGGACGUCGUCCUCAACAUCCCCACAGAGGAGGAACUGAUCCUGUAGUUGCCAGAAAGGAGCCGAACGGACCCGCCUCCGUCACCGAAACGACAGCCUCGUAGACCGCAGCUGCCCCGUCGCUAGGCAGAGCUGACGCAGGGACCGUUGCGCAGCCGAACUGCCCCACGUUGGAGGUUUUAAACCUCCCAUCUAGGAACUGUUGGUUCCCCCCCCCCCACACUGACCCUGCCAGCCAGAAUUAAGUUCCAUUAAAAACAGCCCUAGCUGGACUGAA